ACAUCACGGGCUUGAAUCACAUGGGUGCUUUUUGUACGAGUGAGAGAGUGUGGAGACGGGAGUCACGGUGAUCGGUGGCAGAGAGGGAUUACUCGGCAGUCGCCACACACGCCAGUCUUCCCUGAGCCGGCAGCCAACUCUAACCCUCCCCUGCACCACUCCACACAGGUGAGGACCGCUGACGGUGUGAGGUGUGAGGUUGACGGCAGAUCCCUGCGCCUCUCGGCACCACCCAUGGCGCCUGCCCUCGGCAUGCUGUUGCUGCUGCUAGUGGCGGCCGUUCUGCCCGCCGCAGACUGCGUCCUGUUCCGGACCUCUGUGCGCCAGCGACGGGCCCUAUCGCCCAACGCCACCGGCGACGGCGACCCCACCACCUUCGACCACAUCUACACCAUCGAGCUGCCGCCGUGCCGCGAGUGCCGGCCCAGCGUGGCCCGGCCCCUGGCCCGGCUGUUCGAGGCGAGGGACGAGGCGGGCGGCGAGCGCCAGUUCGAGCACCUGGCCGACCGCAACAAGCAGGUGGUAUUCACACACCGCAUCAACAUCCCGCCGCAGGCCUGUGGUUGUGAAGACGGCCAGGCUCUGCAGCGGCGGCUGGAGGCUCUGGAGAAGGAGGUGGCGGCGUUGCAGCGGCGGUGUGCGGGCGGCGAUGGCUCUGGGACCGGCUGUUGUGGCUCCCGUGCAUCCUCGGAUUGCGGCGCCCACGGCACCUUGAACGCCGCUACCUGCGGCUGUACCUGCGAGCCGGGCUGGAUCGGCGCCACCUGCUCGGAGCCCGCCUGCUCCGCCGACUGUAGCCCGCCCCGGGGCGACUGUGUGUCGGGCCACUGCGUGUGUCGGUCGGGCUACACGGGCAACAACUGCGGCGACCAGGCGUGCCCGGACGACUGCAACGACCAGGGCCGCUGCGUGGAUGACCGCUGUCAGUGUUUCUCCGGUUACACGGGCCCCGGCUGCACCCAGGAGACUUGUCCCGGAGACUGCGGGGACCGCGGGCGCUGCCUCGGCGGCCAGUGCGUGUGCAAGGAGGGGUUCGGUGGCCGCGACUGCUCCCACGAGAUCCCAAUGGCCCUCAGGCUCCGAAUGAAGAAGAUUCUGGAAACCAAGGCGACGGUGGAGUGGGAUCUGCCGCAGGAGAAAGUGGACGAAUGGGAGCUGACCUUCCGAGCCUUGAAGGAAGAGGAUGGCCGGUUGACCCACCACCUGUCCGGGUCUAAAACCACCUUCCAGCAGUCUGGGUUGGGCUCCGGACAAGAGUACCAGGUCACUCUGCAAGCCCGGCUGGAUAAGAGUCUGAGCAAAGUCGUGAGCAGGACAUUCACUACCAUGAUUGAUGGCCCCCAGAACCUGCACGUUGUGUCGGCCACCAACUCUACCAUUGAGCUGGGCUGGAGGAAGCCACAUGCCGCCAUCGACCGCUACCGCCUCAACUACUCGUCAGCCACGGGCCGCCGCAGCCAGAAGGUGGUGCCGGCCGGAGACAGCCGCGCCGUGUUGACCGGGCUGGAGGCGGGCAUGGAGCACACUAUCUCCCUGGUGGGCGAGCGCGGGCAACACCGCAGCAAGGCCGUGGCAACCACUGGCACCACAGUAAUCGACAGCCCCAGGAGUCUGCGUGUGGUUGGGGUGACGGACUCCACCAUCGGCCUGCAGUGGGACAGGUCCAUGGCCCGGGUUGACAUAUACCGCAUUGCCUACCGGAGCCAGGCCGGGCGAGGCGGGGACAUCCAGGUGUCGGGUACACAUGACCGCGCCUCGCUGGAGCAGCUGGACAAAGGCACCAAGUACACCAUCUCCCUGGUGGCUGAGCGGGGAGCAGCGGCCAAGAGUCAGCCGGUGAUCACCACCGCGACCACCGAAGGUCCAGGCGGCCGGGAGGUGGCUGGGGACAAGACCAGCCCACUGCUGGCUGCCAACGAGAGCCAGACCAUCCAGGACAUCUCGAAGGCCAUCUCCAAGAGGAUCUCAUCGGCCGGACUGUCCACCAACGCGGGGGUGAUGGCGCGCUCCGCCAUCCGCCGCUACUCGGCCAUUGCCCGGAAGCAUCUGGGUCCCCCCAGGGUGAUGCUGAGUAGUUGGCCUCCCAAACCAAAGCUCCCUUCCCAACUGAUAGACAAUGACGAGAAGAUCACAGGCCGUGGAGGAUCCACCACCAAGGCGCAGGAUAGGUCCCACGUUGGAACUGGGAGACCGGGGAAUCCCACGGGAAGGGUCGCUGGAUCUCCAGGGUCCAACUCCGUGUCCAGGAGGAAGAUUGAACAUGUGGGACCACCGGGAACCACGACGGCGUCUCGGGGGAAGAAUACACCACGAGGGGCCAUUCCUACACCUAGAGGCAAGAAUGGAGGCAGAACCUCCCAAGGUCGAGUUCCCACGUCUGGAGGAAAGGCCGGUGGUGAUGGCUUCCCAGAGAGAGUCCCAUCUCCUGGAGGAAGGAUUGACCAUGAUGCAUCCCCACCAACAGUUCCCGUCUCCAAACCAACCAGUGAUAAUGGCAGAUCUCCAGGCAGCUUCCCCGGAUCCAGAGCAAACAACGGUGGCGGUGGAUCCUCGGUGAUCACUCUCGCGUCCGAAGGGAAGAACGACCUUGCUGGAUCCAAUCCCCGAUCAAGUGGAGACCAUGUCUCUCCGUCUGCCAACAUAAUGCAAGGGCCAUCUCCCGCCGGCCAAGGACCCGGAGACCUUCCACAGACAGGGAGAUCGGGAGCAGAUACGCUGGAGACCCCUGGAGAAAACCAAGCACCAACAUUGAGAGUUUCACCCCGUCUCUCCUCUAAAACCCAUCGCCCUCCCGCCGUUGCUCAGGUGCAGAAAGGUUCCUCGCAGCGGAAGGGCCUUGUGCUGUGGACCGCCACCUCUCCUGGUGCCGAGGUCUCCUGGCAACUGGCCGGGGGCCCCUUUGACGCGCUGGUCUUGGCUUACAGAGACUCGCUGACUAAGGUUGUCCUGGGCGAGGUGCCGAUCGGCGGGGAUCAGCGGAAGGCCUCCAUCACGGGGCUAAUCUUAGGCAAAAGCUAUGAUGUGUAUCUGUCAGGCAUCUCGUUGGACAAUCCGCCCCAGCUCGUUAACGUGACCACAAUGACAGUGCGGGGCACGGAAGAUGAGUCGGUGGUCGUGCAAGCGGCAGGAGAAGGCGAGGGAGGCAACGAAGAGCAAGAACAGGACGGGGAUGAGGAUAACGAGGAUGAUGACGAUGAAGAGGAAGGCGGGCAGGAGGAAGAGGAAGUGGAGAUCGCUGCCCCCGACCCACCUGAACCCACACAACCCCCGGUGAAUCUUCCUACCGCCGGUGUCACCAUCGAAGCCCCGACCCUAUGGUCCACCUCAGCGCCCGCUACAGACCUGUACCUCACCACCCACGGCUUCAGCACAUUGGAGACCCACCUUCCCGGAGACCUUUACCCUCUCGAACUCUCAACUCCAGCCCCCGACGUGAACACUCAGACUGAUACCACAAUCUCAAUUCCGCCUACAGCCGCGGGAGUGGCCGUGCUGUGGGAUGUGGCGACGAGGGAGGUGACGGCUCGGAGCCUGCGGCUGGGCUGGCGGGUGGCGGGCGGCAGCUUUGACUCGGUGCUGGUGCAAUAUCGGCCGGCGGGCAGCUCGGGCCGCUGGAUGGAGCGCUCGGUCCGCGGCCGCUUCCAGUCGGUCCUGCUCGGCGGCCUGGCGCCGGGGACCCGCUACUCGUUCCGGCUGUACGGGAUAGAGGGUGGCCGGCGGACCAAACCCUACUCGCUGGUCGCCGCCACAGCGGCGCUGGAGAAGACCAGGUUCGGGAAAGCGGACACGUUGGUUGUGACGGACAUCACGGACACCUCCCUGCGGCUGGUGUGGACCACGGACCUGCAGUUUGACUCCUUCCUCGUCCACUACACCGUGGAGGGCUCGAAGGCCGUGCGGAAGGUCAAGGUGACCGGAGACCUGAGGUUCACGGUCAUCUCUGGCCUCGGGGCCGGUACCACCUACACCCUCCACCUGUUCGGGGUCACCUCCGGCCAGCGGACCAAGCCCCUCACCACCACAGCCACCACGGACAAAGCCAGCGCUGGACUGGGCAGCCUGUCGGCGUCUGACCCCACGGCCAACUCGGCCCGCCUCACCUGGACAACACUCACCACCUUUGACUCCUACCUGAUCCAGUACAAGGUGCAGGGGUCGGAGGAGACACAGAACGUGACGGUGCCGGGCGGGAAGCGAUGGUACCUCAUCGCUGGUCUCCUUCCAUCCACCAAAUACACCAUCUAUAUCUACGGGAUCUCGGGGACCAAGCGGACACAGCCCCUCACCACCCACUUCACCACCGCAGUGUCCCCAGCAAUCUCCGCUCUGACUGUGUCCAAUGUCACGGCGAGUUCGCUGCGGGUGUGGUGGGAGUCGACGGGGGGCUACGCCUGGUUCCUGGUGGAGUACCGAGCUGUGGGCCCGGAGACGCGGAACGUCACCGUGAGCGGGGACCUCCGCCACGCACGGAUCACGGGACUGAACCCUUCCACCCGCUACACCAUCACUCUCCACGGGGUGACCGACACCGGCCGCUCCGCACCGCUCACCACCGAGGCCUCCACAGAGGUCGAUCCGAGUGAAGCCAUGAAACUGGACACCCUCACCUUCUCACAAGUCACCGCCGGCUCAUUCCGCAUCACCUGGAGGGCGGAGAAGAUCUUUGAGUCUUUCCUGGUCGUGUACGGGGUCCGAGGCUCCGACGUGACGCGGAACGUCUCGUUGACCGGGGAUGUCCGGUUUGCUGUGGUCACUGGUCUGCGGCCUGGCACAGCCUACACCGUCCGUGUGUACGGGGUCUCUGCCAGCGGGCAAACCAAGCCCCUCACCACCCUCAUCACCACCAAAGAGGUCGAUCCGAGUGAGGCCAUGAAACUGGACACCCUCACCUUCUCACAAGUCACCACCGGCUCAUUCCGCAUCACCUGGAGGGCGGAGAAGAUCUUUGAGUCUUUCCUGGUCGUGUACGGGGUCCGAGGCUCCGACGUGACACGGAACGUCUCGUUGACCGGGGAUGUCCGGUUUGCUGUGGUCACUGGUCUGCGGCCUGGCACAGCCUACACGGUCCGUGUGUACGGGGUCUCUGCCAGCGGGCAAACCAAGCCCCUCACCACCCUCAUCACCACCAAAGCUUCCACAGAGGUCGAUCCGAGUGAGGCCAUGAAACUGGACACCCUCACCUUCUCACAAGUCACCACCGGCUCAUUCCGCAUCACCUGGAGGGCGGAGAAGAUCUUUGAGUCUUUCCUGGUCGUGUACGGGGUCCGAGGCUCCGACGUGACGCGGAACGUCUCGUUGACCGGGGAUGUCCGGUUUGCUGUGGUCACUGGUCUGCAGCCUGGCACAGCCUACACCGUCCGUGUGUACGGGGUCUCUACCAGCGGGCAAACCGAGCCCCUCACCACCCUCAUCACCACCAAAGCUUCCACAGAGGUCGAUCCGAGUGAGGCCAUGAAACUGGACACCCUCACCUUCUCACAAGUCACCGCCGGCUCAUUCCGCAUCACCUGGAGGGCGGAGAAGAUCUUUGAGUCUUUCCUGGUCGUGUACGGGGUCCGAGGCUCCGACGUGACGCGGAACGUCUCGUUGACCGGGGAUGUCCGGUUUGCUGUGGUCACUGGUCUGCGGCCUGGCACAGCCUACACGGUCCGUGUGUACGGGGUCUCUGCCAGCGGGCAAACCGAGCCCCUCACCACCCUCAUCACCACCAAAGCUUCCACAGAGGUCGAUCCUAGUGAGGCCAUGAAACUGGACACCCUCACCUUCUCACAAGUCACCGCCGGCUCAUUCCGCAUCACCUGGAGGGCGGAGAAGAUCUUUGAGUCUUUCCUGGUCGUGUACGGGGUCCGAGGCUCCGACGUGACGCGGAACGUCUCGUUGACCGGGGAUGUCCGGUUUGCUGUGGUCACUGGUCUGCGGCCUGGCACAGCCUACACGGUCCGUGUGUACGGGGUCUCUGCCAGCGGGCAAACCGAGCCCCUCACCACCCUCAUCACCACCAAAGCUUCCACAGAGAAGGUGAAGCUGAAGCGGGUGAUCAGCGUGUUGGUCAGCAAGGUCACCGCGGUGUCCCUCCGCUUGGCCUGGAAGGCGGACCGAGGUUUUGACGCCUUCCUGGUGCGCUACAAGGAACACGGCAAAGGUGCCACACGCAACAUGACCGUGCCCGGUGACCGGCGGGUAGUGACCAUCGCCAACCUACGGCCCGGUACCAAGUACACCGUGUACAUCCACGGCAUGUCCAAUGGGCAACGCACCAAGCCCAUCAGCCGGGUGAUCGCAACACCAGCCGCUGAAGACAAAGCUGCCCCAGCGCCGGCCAGAAUAGGCAGCCUGUCGGCGUCUGACCCCACGGCCAGCUCGGCCCGCCUCACCUGGACAACACUCACCACCUUUGACUCCUACCUGAUCCAGUACAAGGUGCAGGGGUCGGAGGAGACACAGAACGUGACGGUGCCGGGCGGGAAGCGAUGGUACCUCAUCGCUGGUCUCCUUCCAUCCACCAAAUACACCAUCUAUAUCUACGGGAUCUCGGGGACCAAGCGGACACAGCCCCUCACCACCCACAUCACCACCGCAGCCGCUGAAGACAAAGCUGCCCCAGCGCCGGCCAGAAUAGGCAGCCUGUCGGCGUCUGACCCCACGGCCAGCUCGGCCCGCCUCACCUGGACAACACUCACCACCUUUGACUCCUACCUGAUCCAGUACAAGGUGCAGGGGUCGGAGGAGACACAGAACGUGACGGUGCCGGGCGGGAAGCGAUGGUACCUCAUCGCUGGUCUCCUUCCAUCCACCAAAUACACCAUCUAUAUCUACGGGAUCUCGGGGACCAAGCGGACACAGCCCCUCACCACCCACAUCACCACCGCAGACCCUGAGGAACCCGCAACACCGGCCAGAAUAGGCAGCCUGUCGCCUCCCAAAGUCACGGCCAACUCGGCCCGCCUCACCUGGACAACACUCACCACCUUUGACUCCUACCUGAUCCAGUACAAGGUGCAGGGGUCGGAGGAGACACAGAACGUGACGGUGCCGGGCGGGAAGCGAUGGUACCUCAUCGCUGGUCUCCUUCCAUCCACCAAAUACACCAUCUAUAUCUACGGGAUCUCGGGGACCAAGCGGACACAGCCCCUCACCACCCACUUCACCACCGCAGACCCUGAGGAACCCGCGACACCGGCCAGAAUAGGCAGCCUGUCGCCUCCCAAAGUCACGGCCAACUCGGCCCGCCUCACCUGGACAACACUCACCACCUUUGACUCCUACCUGAUCCAGUACAAGGUGCAGGGGUCGGAGGAGACACAGAACGUGACGGUGCCGGGCGGGAAGCGAUGGUACCUCAUCGCUGGUCUCCUUCCAUCCACCAAAUACACCAUCUAUAUCUACGGGAUCUCGGGGACCAAGCGGACACAGCCCCUCACCACCCACAUCACCACCGCAGGCUCGGACAGCAAGCUUGCCAAGAAGCCAGGUGAACUGGGCACCCUAUCCGUUUCGCACAUGACGCCUCAAUCUUUCAAACUCUCUUGGACGGCAGCCAGAGGCUUUGAUUCCUUCCUUGUCGAGUACAGCGCUGCAGGAGUGGGGGGCGUAAGCAACCUGACCGUCCCCUCAGCUCGCAGCUUCUCCUUCGUCAGAGGCCUGACUCCGGCCACCGUCUACACUGUCCAUGUCUACGGCCUGGCGGGCGGGCAACGCUCAAAGCCACUGACCAAGCAGGUCACCACAGUUUCCUCGCGGCCAGAGGUCACCAAACCCGCUGACCUGAGCGGCCUGUCCGGCCGUCCCAUGUCGCCCAGCGAGGUCAGCCUCUCCUGGGAGGCGAGGAGGGACUUUGACUCGUUCGUGGUGCAGUUCCGGCCCCAGGGCUCGGAGGACGUGCGCAAGGUGACGGUGAAGGGCAGCAGCCGAGCGCACAUGGUCUCCGGCCUCCGGCCCUCCAGCAAGUACACCUUCUACCUGUACGGAGUGACCAGUGGUCGACACUCAGCCCCCAUCUCCACCACUGUGGUCACCACAGAUGCCACUGAGCCGAGCUCCCCCCCUAGUCUGGGGGUCUCGGAUAUAAGCGCCGACUCGCUGCAGUUCUCCUGGACAGUGGAGCGGGUCUACCAGCUCUUCCUGGUCCAGUACCGGGCCCACGGCUCGUUCAGCUUCCACAACCUGACUGUGAACGCAGACAAGAGGUCCUACUCCAUCAUGGGGCUGGAACCCAGUACCAAGUACCUCGUCUACCUGUACGGGGUGUACAAGAUGCACCUCACCAAGCUGAUGGCCUUUGUAGCGACCACCACAGCCUCCACGGUGAAGGAUGUGGCGUUGCCAGGCCAGGUGCGGGCAUUGGGCAGUCUCUCGGUCUCCAAUAUCACGGCCGACUCGCUGGAGCUCUGGUGGUCGGCGCGCUGGCAAUUUGACUCCAUGGUCAUCCAGUACCGGGCUCAGGGCUCGGAGGGAGUGCGCAAGAUCCGGCUGGCGGGCGAUCGCCGAUCCUACCUGCUCCUGGGGCUUCUGCCCAGCACCAAGUACACCAUCUACAUCCACGGAGUCUCGGCAGCCCGGCAGUCCGCCCCUCUCUCCAUCGUCGUCAGCACCACAGCUGCUGUGGACACUAACGGAGUGAGGCCGAGCCGGCUGAGCAAGCUGAUCCGCCUGUCGGGGGACAACGUGACGGACAGGUCCCUGCAGGUUUACUGGGCUGCCGAGAGCGGCUUCGACUCGUUCAUCGUCCAGUACGGAGUGGACGGGGCGACUGAGACCCGGAACCUCACAGCAGCCGGGAACACGCACUCCGCCUUCAUCGCCGGCCUGAAACCCAGCACCAGAUACCUGGUGGCCCUGUAUGGAGUGUCGGGGAACAGGCAGACACGGCCCCUGACUACCGUGAUCACCACUGCAGCAUCUAUUCGGGUGGAGCAGGUGAAGUCCAUCCUGUUUGGUGGACUGACCUUCUCCAACAUCACGGCCAACUCGCUCCAGCUCUCCUGGGAAGCUGACGACGUCUUUGACUCCUUCCUGAUCCAGUACGUGGCCCAGGGCUCCGGGAGCCGGGCUAACCUGACGCUGGGGGCUAGCAGGCGAUCGGCCUACUUGACUGGUCUGCUGCCGGCCACUAACUACACCAUUUAUCUCCACGGGGUAUCCGGGGGGAAACUCUCCCGGCCCCUGGUGGCUCGCUUAACCAUCACAGCCGUCCCCGUGUACGACACCUUGGUCAGCACCCUCGGCGGCCUCCUGGUCUCCGACAUCAGCGCCCGCGGGAUGCGGUUGGCCUGGACGGUGGAGGAGGGCGCCUUCGACUCCUUCCUCGUCAGCUACCGGGACUCCAUGGCACGGCUGGCCGCCAGGGAGCUGACGGUUCCCGGGAGCAGUCACCACGUCACCAUCACCGACCUCAGCCCCAGCACCGAGUACCAGCUCUCUCUCCACGGUGUGCUGGAUGGCCGACGGACCGACCCCAUCCCCAUCACGGCCAGGACCGCCCGGGAGAGCCCUAGCGGCCUGAGAUUCACGAAGGUGACCGAGUCGUCCGUCACGAUCAGCUGGUCAGCCGGCUCCGACCACGCCGACUCCUACAAAAUAUUCUACGUACAAAACAAACAAGGUGAGCCGCUUAGCCGGAGCGUGGACGGGACGAGAACCAACGUCACCCUGAGCAGCCUGGCCCCCGGUGCCCGCUAUGAGGUCAACUUGGUGCCCGUGCGUGGGGGAGUGGAGCUCCCCCCCAUCCUGGGACACUUCACCCACCGUGGGGGCGGAGGGGUGAGGGUGGGGUAG